AAGAAGCGGACGUCGUUUGUGGGCUUCCAGGCCAUGAAGAAUCAGUAACGCUUACUGGGAAGGAACCUCCUGCCUAAAGUUUAAACGAAAAAUUUUCUAGAUAAAUAAUUUUUUUAUGAUAUCUAAGAGAUAUACACAAAAAAUUAUAAUGCUUAGAAGUACGGCGACUGAGACUAAGACAUUCGACCUACUUUUAAUACAAUUAUGCGGAUACAAGUGUGGUUCAUAACUCUAAUACGUUAUAUUUCUUUUAUAUUUCUUGUCCUCGUAAUAACACAAAACAGUGACCGAAUGAAACAAAUAUUUGCCUCAUCUCUAAGACAACAAAGUCUAACGAAAUGGCGCAGUUUAGCCUCAUCAGUUUGUGUUAACGUCAGUUACAAGAUAAUCUCUAAGGUCUUAUGCCAAAGAUUAAAAAAAGUGUCACAAGGUCUGAUAUCGAAAACCCAGUCAGCCUUUGUUGUUUGGAAGACAUAUUUCAGACAAUAUCAUGAUUGCUCAAGAAAUAUUUCAUGCUCUUAGAACCAAGCCAAGUGGAUGCAGUAAAAGAAUGGCCAUUAAGACGGACAUGAGCAAAGCAUAUGAUAGGAUGGAAUGGUCGUUUAUUGAAGCUGUCAUGCGCAAGAUGGGCUUUUCAAAAAUCUGGAUUACCUGGAUAAUGAGAUGUAUCACGUAAGUACAAUAUAAAGUACUCAUGAAUGGGCAGCCAAGAGGAAAUAUUAUUCCAGGUAAAGGUCUACGUUAAGGAGAUCCUUUGUCUCCUUUCAUUUUUAUUCUAUUCACGGAAACGUUCGUUUGUCUUCUCAAUCAUGCAAAGAACCAAGGGAAGAUAACGGGGAUGCGUGUCACACGAACGUGUCCAUCGGUAUCCCACCUUCUCUUUGCUGAUGAUAGCCUUUUCUUAUGUAAGGCGGAGCCCCGUGAAUGUGAAAAAGUAAUGAAAGUAGUCAGGGAAUAUGGUAAAGCAUCAGGCCAAUGCAUUAACUUUGAUAAAUCCUCCUUACUCUUUGGUAAGCGGAUUAAUGCAAUUACUAGACAAGAAAUUAAAGAUGCACUUGGAUGGGGACUCAUUUGGGUAUCCCAGAAGAUAUCACUGGCUCAAAAUGCAAAUUGUUUCCUUUCCUCAAGGAUAAGCUGAUGCAUAGAGUGAAUGGAUGGACAGGUAGAUGGCUCUCGAAAGGAGGAAAUGAAAUGUUGAUCAAAUCCAUUCUAAUUGCUCUCCCGACAUAUGUUAUGUCCACUUUUCUGCUCCCAUUGGAGAUAUGUGAAAAUGUUGCCAGCGCCAUUGCAUAAUUUUCGUGGAGUUCGAAUCCACCAAAAAGAGGAAUUCACUGGGCAAAAUGGGAAAAAGUUUGUUUACCAAGAGAGGAGGGUGAGAUUGGAUUUCGUAUGAUCUAUGAGUUCAAUCUGGCAUUAUUGGCAAAACAAUUUUGGAGGCUAGUACAAUAUCCAGGUUCGCUGGUUGCCUGAGUCUUGAGGGGAAGAUACUAUAGAUUGUGCUCGCCCUUGAGAGUAAACAUUGUAAGCAGUCCAUCCUACGUGUGGACUAGCAUCUCUGCUGCAAGGAAGCUUUUGUUACUGGGGAUAAGACAGAAGAUAAAUUCUGGUUAUGAAAACAAAGUGUGAGAGGAUCCAUGACACCUGUUAGGUCAGCUACACCUGUAGCACCAAUUAUGCAUCCAAAUAUGAGUGUCAGUGAUCUCAUUAAUCAGGAAUCGAAGGAAUGGGAUGUUGAGUUGCUGGAAUAUUAUGUCAAUCCUGCUGAUAUACCCUUUAUAAGGAGUUUGGCCAUAAGCACAACUCAUCGACGAGACACAUUCUGCUGGAGCUACACAAGGAAUGGCCAAUACACGGUUAAAUCUAGAUAUUGGGUGGCUCAGAAUCUAUUAAAGACAGAGGAAGAAAAAGAAGUGUUGGAGCCAAGUAUCACGAAGCUCCAAGCCUUUGUUUGGAAGUUAAAGGCGCCUAAGAAAAUAUGUCAUCUUAUAUGGCAAUUGUUAAUCGGUCAUGUGGCAGUAACGAGGAACUUAGUAAGGUGUAAUAUGAGGUGUGAUGACUAUUGCCCAAGGUGUGGUGACCAAGAGGAAUAUGUAACUCAUGCCAUUUUUGAAUACCCGCCAGCUAUACAAGUUUGGUCACUAUCAUCAACUCCAACAAGUCCUGAUGUUUUUUCAGUACCAAGCGUCUACACAAAUAUUUUUUACCUGUUAUGGAGGAAGAACAAAUUAAUCGAACCAGAACAAGACAGGGACCCUUAUCCCUGGAUAAUCUGGUAUAUUUGAAAGGCUCAAAAUGAUAAACUCUUUAGGGGGAUAUACAGAGACCCUUUGGAGCUUGUGUGGUAUGCUGAAAGUGAAUGUCAGGCAUGAUUCAAUGCGAAUGAGAUGGUACCACCAAUCGUACAAGAAAACAAUAGGGAGGAACCGCAAGCCAGAAGCGUGGGUAACAUUUGCUUGCUAGAUGGAUGUUGGACAUCAUCUGCUCAAUUCAGUGGAUGUGGAUGGGUCUAGAUGGACAGUGGUGGGAACAUUCAACUUAUGGGGACACGGAAUUUUCCUCGAUGGGAAUCAGCUUGGCAUUCGGAAAUAGAAGCAAUGCGAUGGGCGAUGGAGAAUAUGCUUCAACAUUCGUCAUGCCAGAGCUUCGGGACACUCUGCAAGGAGCUGAUUGCAAUGAUUAAUGAACCUUAUGCAUGUCCAAGCUUUGCAACGAAAUUGGAGAGGACAUAGAUGCUACAUAUAUGCUUCACGGAUUUCAAUAUCUCUUAUGUUCCACGAGCGCAUAAUCAAAUUUCACACUUUUUAGGUAAAACAGCUAGAUCCUUCCAUAGGAAGUUACAUUUUAUUGGUUGUUCUGUUCCGGUCUGGCUACCCAGACCACCUCAAGUUUGAGUAAUAGAAUAGCCGUUCGAUGAAAAAAAAACACAAAACAGUUUUCUUUUAUAUUUCUUGUCCUUCACAAAACAAUUUUAUUUUACCCAACAUAUUGUAUUCUUAUUAAUUUUAAAUUACAAUUUUUAAAAUUUGUAUAGAAAAAUAUUCAAAUUCUUGAAAAUUUCUUAUUUUUAUUUCCUCUUUGGUUCAGUUUCACGAUAUUUUAAUUAAGAUAGUCAGUAAUUAUCAAAAUAAUUAACGAGAAAAUUGCCAAAAAUGACUCAAAAAUUGAUUUUGAAUACAAAAGUAUACCACAAAUUCAAUCAAAUGCAAAAUUAACUCCAAAAGGCUAGUAAAAUUACAGCAACCUCAUUAUGACCAAACAAAAAAUAUGUUUGAGUUUUACCAUUAUAACCCUCCGCGUGAGAAGACUUAUAAAGAAGUCUUCUUAGAGAAGACUUCUUUGCCAGUCUUCUCGUUCAGUAAAUCUUUAAAAUAAUUUAAAAUUUUUAUAAAAUAUAUUUGAUGGGAAAAAAUUGAAAUCAUGUAAUAAUAAACAUUUCUAAAUGAUGUAAAUUUAGUUUUACUAAAAUUGAAUUAUUUUCGACAUAGAUGAGUGAAAGUAGAUUAACUCAGAUAGUCCUUGGUUUAGGGUUUGGUAACAUAUGUUAUAAUAUUGUUAGUAUAUUAAGGGUUAAAAUUUUGAAAUCUUAUCUUUUGUACUUUUUAAAAAAAAGAUUGACAUAUAUGUGUUUAGUGACUAUAGAAUAACUUGAUUUAAACACUUUCUAAGUAUCUUAAAAGUUUAAGGAAGUGUUUUUUUAGUUAUUUGAUUAUAGGGUCUUGAACUCACAAAAGAAUUCUUGGGACUUUCCAAAAAAUCUUCUGACAAAUUCCACCUAAAUUUUAGUAGAAUUUAGGGUUUCGCCUAAAUUUUAGAAGAAUUUAGGUUUCUCACCUAAAUCGAAGUCUUCCAGAAGUCUUCUAGGGAAAGUCCUCUCAUGUAUCAGAUCUUAAAAGUAAUUACUAAAUUUUAUAAAAAAAUAUUUUGAAAGCAAAAAAAUUAAAAUCAUGUAUUAAUAAACAUUUCUAAAUGAUGGAAAUUUAGGUUUACUAAAAUUGAAUUAUUUUUAACAUAGAUGAGUGAAUAUAGAUUGAGUCUUGAUAGCCUUCGGUUUAGGGUUUGGUAACAUAUGUUAUAGUAUUGUUAAAUUUUUAGGGUUAUAUUUUGAAAUCUUAUCUUUUUUUUAGUUUGACAUAUAUGUGUUUAAUGACUAUCUAAUUACUUGAUUAAAACACUUCAUAAGUUUCUUUUAACUUUAAGGAAGUGUUUUUGCUUAGUUAUUUGAUUAUAGGGUCUGGAAGACUCCAAUAAGACUUUGGUUUAGGGUUUAUUAACAUAUGUUAUAGUAUUGUUUGUAUUUAGGGUUAAAUUUUAGAAUCUUAACUUUAAAAGAAAAAAAUUGACCUACAUGUGUUUAGUUUUGUGUAUGUUAAAUAUUUUAUAAGUUGAUUUUAAGUUUAAUUAAUUUUUUUUUGCUAUUUAGUUAGUUAUUUGAUUAGGUUAUAGUUUAGAAAACUUCUAGAAGACUUCCAAGAACUCUUUUGACAUAUUCCCGUCUAAAUUUUAGUAAAAUUUAGGUUUUCCGCCUAAAACAAAGUCUUAGGUUUCCCGCCUCAAGCAAAGUUUUCUAGAAGUCUUCUCAUGUAUUUUAUUUUAGGGUCUAGAAGUCUUCUGUAUCGAAAAUAUUUAGCCUAAUUGAAUUUGUGUCUUUAUAUAUAAAGAAAAUUUAUACAUUUUCUUUAUUCCUCUCAAUUGGCUGCAACAAAAAUGUAAUGUUUCUCACUCUAUAACUCUCCAACCUCUUUCUAAUCUCUUUGAACAUCAAAACACCAAAUUUUAACUCAAUUUCUCUUAUUUUUCUUUUGUCUUCUCACUAAUAUAUCUCUUUUAUGUACGUUCUUUAUUACAUGGUUUUCAUUUUUCACUACUUCAAAGGUAGAUCUAUAAAUUUUGGAUAUGUAUUAUUGUGUGUUUUAUAUAUUAGAUUCUAAAGUGCUAUAGAUUCAACCUAAUGUGACUGUUUUUUUUAUUAUUAGAGCAUAAAAUUAUAUUUUUGAAGUUUUUCUCUAUUUCGAAGCCUUUUGAAUGUUUUUCGAAUUUGCAGGUUUUUCACAUGUGAGACAGAAUUUGAAAGACUUCCCAGAAGACUCACUGAAGACUUCUUGAAAGACUUUAUGCAAGUCUUCUAAUGCAUUUUAUGAUAGAAGACUUCCCACAAAGUAUUCUAGAAGUCUUCAGAAGUCUUCUGCCCAAAGUGGUACAAAUUUUAGAUAUGUAUUUUGUGUGUUUUAUAUAUUAGAUUCUAAAAAGUUAUAGAUUCAACCUAAUUUUAUUGUUUUGUUUAUUAGUUAAGCAUAAAGAAUUUAUAUUUGAAGUUUUCUCUGUUUUGAAGUUAUUUGAAUGCUUUUGUAUAUGCAGAUCUUUUCAGAUCUGAGUUAGACUUUGGAAAACUUCUCAGAAGACUCUUGGAAAAAUUUCAGAAGACUCUUGAAAGAUUCUCGGAAGACUCUUGGAAGACUUUGCCAGAAUAUUUCCCAUGAAGUCUUUGGGAAGUCUUCCGAAGUCUUAUGCCCAAAGUGGUAACAAAGGAAUGAUGUCAAGUGAAGUCCAAGAUUAUUUAUGUUGAGAAACAAUAUCUAGCUCCAUGUGUAAUAGUUUUGUUUAUGGUCUGCUCUAUGAUUUGUAUGUGUACUAUUUUAGUUGUAAAUUUUUUUGUAAACUUGAAGAGAUGUUAAACAAAAAAAAAAUGUGGUAUAUAUGCUCAUGUUUUUUUCUAAAAGUACUUGACAUUAUUGAAGUUAUUGAUACAACAUUCAAAGAAAGUUUUUUAACAAUUCCACUCAUUCAUAACAAAACACAACAACACAAAAACUUCGUCAAAUUUACUAAAACUAAGAGAGAAGACUUCACAAGAAAACUUAGUCAAAUUCACAAAAGAUCAAACUUGAAUUUUAAGUGAAAAUUGAAAUUUUAAAUCUCAUGUAAGUUAAAAAUGAUAUCUUACGAUCUAAAAAGAUACAUUAAACCACAUGACUUGAUAUUCUUGAAGUUACUUAACACUUUUGAAAGUUAAAAACAUACCUUUAAGUUACUUAACACUCUUGAAAAUCUAAGUCUUCUAGAGAAGACUUCUUAAGAAGUCUUUUUGGAUUAGCUAGAAACAUUAGUAAACAUAAAUAUUUAAAAUCUCAUAAUUAUCACCAAAUAAGUUAUGAAUUUCAUCCAUGAGCCCAAAUAUUAACUAAUACACAUGAAUUAAUAAGAAAAUACUAAAAAUUCAUUUUAAUUGUAGAGAGAAUAAAAAUUUAUUAAACAUUAACGUAAAAUACUUCCGUAGAAGUCUUCAUAAAAAGAAAGAAAGAAAAUAUAAUGACAUUUUCGCAAAUAACUCGAAUUUUUAGAGAGAAUAAAGAAAAAAGGUUUUAAAAAAGUAUAGAUUAUUUUGUGUUUGAUUUGAAAUUUUGGUCAUAUAUAAAAAAAACUCAUAAUUAACCGUGUAGGUCGUGUAUAUAAUCCAGUAAUUAAUAAAACAAUAAACAGUGUGGGUCGUGUAUAUAUAUGUGUGAAUAGAUACAUCACAUGUGGAUAGGUACAUCACAUAUGGAUAGGUACAACACAUGUGGAUAGGUACAUCACAUAGGAAAAUACGAUCACUCCUCUCUCUAAUAAAGCUCGGAUCAAAACGACUAAUCUCAGUUAACACGAUUAAUAUUAAUUGUACUUAUUGUUUUUAAUAUUAUUUUUUUUAUGUCGAUAAAGCCCAGAUUAAAAAGACUAAUAUCAAAAUUCAUAUAAAUUUUUGUCAACUACAAGAUCUGUCCACACCAAAAUAUAUCGUAGAUUACCUAAGAUAAGAUAUAUGCUUAGAACAUGAUUAGUGGAAGUUCUUAUGGUGAGGUUUUUAGCUGAAUAUAAAAAAUUGUCACUUAAUUUUUAACUAAAAAAAAGUUAAGAACCGGCUUUUAAAUAUCUAAGUCAAAUUCACAAUGAACUUUGAAUAGGAUUAUUUUACUUUUGUCAUGUUACAUGUAUAUUAGCUGCACGUUAGUAUCAUUGAUAUUCGCGGCCUAAAAUAAAAUAAUAUAACCUCAAAGAUUUCUUUUUUUUUUCUUUUUUGAACUAAUUUUUAACCUCAAAGAUUUCACUCUUCAGAGCAAACCAAAAAAAGACUAUAAAUCAGACGUAUUACUCCCCGAGUAUUACAUCUUGCUUCAUACAAGAGUUUAUUUUUUCACAUUUUUCAGCAUAUAUACAUGACGUCGUCUAUGUUUAGAUCUCCUUGCAAAAUUCCGACAAUGAAAGCGUUUGAACAGAAGAGCUACUUGAGCCUGAACGCAGCAUCGUAUAACGUGAGAAUCAAUCCUUUCCGACGAACAGAAGUUUCUUGUCAACUGCAAGAGAUCGACUCCUCCAUGAAAUGGCCCGUAAUUGCUCACGAGGAGGUUCUGGUAAAGAGUAAACCAGCCGAGCCUGUGAUUCAUCAGCCUCUUCACCUAAGCAGACGUGCACGUCGUAACCGAAAGUCCCCUACUCAGAGAGCUGCCUUUCAAGAAACUAAUAUCUCUCCUGAUAAUUUCAUAUACCCGGUCUUCAUUCAUCAAGGUGAGGUAGACAUUCCGAUAAAAACGAUGCCCGGACGUUACAUGCUUGGCUGGAGACACGGCCUCAUUGAAGAAGUUGCAAAGGCAAGAGAUGUUGGUGUGAAUAGCAUAAUGUUGUAUCCAAAAGUUCCUGAUACGUUAAAGUCUCCAAUAGGAGAAGAGGCUUUCAACGACAAUGGUCUAGUGCAACGAGCAGUUGGUCUUCUUAAAGCUAGAUUCCCUGAUCUCGUUAUUUACACUGAUGUCAAUUUUGACGAGUACUCUUCUAGUGGCCAUGGUGGGAUCAUAGGAGAAGAUGGUGUGAUAUUGAACGAUGAAACGAUUCACCAACUGCGCAAACAAGCAGUUUCUCAGGCUCGAGCUGGAGCAGAUGUUGUUUGUACCAGUGAGAUGUUAGAUGGUCGUGUUGGUGCGGUUCGUGCAGCUCUGGACGCUAAGGGUUUUCACCAUGUUUCCAUCAUGUCUUACUCUGUCAAGUAUACAAGUUCAUUGUAUGGCCGUUUUCGCAAAGUGCAAUUGGACAAGAAAACUUAUCAGAUAAACCCAGCAAAUUCAAGAGAGGCAUUGGUGGAAGCACGGGAAGAUGAAGCUGAAGGAGCAGAUAUCCUAAUGGUGAAGCCAGCGCUUCCUUCUCUCGAUAUCAUACGUUUAUUGAAGGAUCAAACUCUGUUACCCAUUGGAGCUUGCCAGGUUUCUGGUGAGUACUCAAUGAUAAAAGCCGCAGGACUUCUAAAAAUGAUCGAUGAGGAAAAAGUUAUGAUGGAGUCAUUGAUCUGCUUACGCCGAGCUGGUGCCGAUCUCAUUCUUACUUACUUCGCCCUUCAAGCUGCUACAAUACUAUGCCACGAAAAUAAAAGAAAUUAUUUCAACUAGUCGUCGAUUAUUUCCGUUCGUUUUGUGUUUAUUACAUAUAUAUAUACAUCCACAACCAGAAUUAAUUGUACAACUUGAAAAACUUUUUUAAGAAUAAAAAUGUACUUUUUACACAUACGCAAACUCAGAAAAUUUUUUUUUUUUUUUUUUGAAAUUGACUAGACUUCUUUCAUAUCUACUACUUCCACUCAUGGAAAAUUAUCUUGUAUUAUUAAUAUUCUCAUGUAUCUUUACAACAUAUUCCGUAAGGACACAGCAAUAUCCCAAUUCGAGCGAACAAUAUGUUUUUCAUCGUUACGUAAAGCUGGCUACGCAGAGGCGGGCCUACCGGCUCCGUAUGCAUGCUUGAGAGUCACUUUGACAUUUUUUAAAUAAGAGUCACUUUGACAUUUUUGAUUCAUAUUAAUAACUUGGCAGAAAUAUAUGUAAGUUGUUAUUAGUUAUAUAUAUUUCACCAAUAGUAUUUGAGAUAAAUAAAUUAUUUAUAAAAUCAAUGCAUUUUUCAAUUAAUUUUCAACUAAAAAUAAGUAUAAUUUGCAUUAGAAUUGUAAAUGACAUUUUUUGUAACAAUAGAAAAAUGUUAAAAUGACACUUAUUAUGAAACAGAGAAAAUAUUUUGGCAUCUUUUCAUAUAUUUUAAAUGCAGUUUCUUCCCCCCUAAACCCUUAAUUUAUCGACUAUUUAACCGUUGAAAUUAUCACCAUUUGACGUUACUUGUGAUUCGUUUACCUCACUUGCAAGCUAAGAAUUAAAUAUGGAAGCGUGGAAUUUACCAAGAUUGAAUCUUAGAUCAAUCCUUAAACUGCUACAAACUCUUAUGUAUGUGGUGGAAAAAAAAGAAAUUAAUAUCUCACUCAGGCCAAGAAAAAUAUUGAUCCAAAAACUUUGUAAUCUUACUCGUCUGUGUAUGCUUUCGAAUUCCGCAUUUUUCUUCUUGGGUUUUGAGAAUUGUCAACCUUGCAGUUAUCUUCAGUUGACGUUACUGUUCUUUGUUUCACUUGCAAGCUAGGAAUCAAAUAUGAUCUGUUGUAAGUAUCACAAAUCUUAAUUAAUCGUGGUGAGUUUAACCUACCAACUUCGUAGCAUAUACACAUUCCAAUAAAUCCCGUAUAAAAUACCGAAAAAGUUGACCGAAAUAACACUAUUUAGAUAUAAAAUUCACUACAUUUUGGACGAGUCUUUUUUUUUUUGACUAAGGGCAGAUUUUGGACGAGUCUUCUUAUGCAAUACACUACAUUUUGGACGAGUCUUCUUAUGCAAUAUAUGCGGUCUAUACGUUUAAAAUAAAAAGGAAAAAAAGUUCAUAAACACUGUCGACGCAAUGAUGGAUAAUAAUUUUAUGCAACAAACACCUAAAACAAAAUCACCCA